AUGCACAAGUACCGUAAGCUAUGGAUGAUCAUCACUUCACUGGUUCUGUUCCUGGUAACAAAGAUGGUGCUUGGUAGUGAUCAUCGCAUACCCACAACUCUAGAAGGCCCAUUUAAGCCUGCAACUCGGCGCUUUGACCCAUCACUCCGCAGAGGCAGUGAUGACUUGCCUAUGGACCAUCCCCGGCUCAAGAAGAAUGUCACCCUCAAUUUCCCCGAACAAAUAUCUCUUGCAAUAUCUUCACCUACUGCAAUGUGGGUUUCUUGGGUUACUGGGGAUGCCCAGAUUGGGAAAAAUGUGACUCCACAUGAUCCUUCAAAGGUUGGGAGUGAGGUGUGGUAUGGCAAAAAGAGUGGCAAGUAUAAGAGUGUGAAGAAAGGGGUUGCUGUGGUUUACAAUCAAUUGUACCCUUUCGAAGGCCUCUUGAAUUACACUUCCGGCAUCAUUCAUCAUGUCAGGAUUGAUGGUCUUAAACCAGGAACAAAAUAUUAUUACAAGUGUGGGGAUAGCUCCAUGCCUGCCAUGAGUGAAGAGCAGGCCUUUGAAACAUUACCAUUGCCUAGCCCAAACACAUAUCCUCGUCGAAUAGCUGUUGUUGGAGAUUUAGGUCUCACAAGCAAUACCACUACAACCAUUGAUCAUUUGAUUCAGAAUGAGCCUUCAAUGAUUGUAAUGGUUGGAGACUUAAGUUAUGCCAAUCAGUACCUUACAACAGGUGGUAAAGGAGCUUCAUGCUAUUCAUGUGCAUUCCCUGAUGCACCUAUCAGAGAAACAUACCAACCGCGCUGGGAUGGGUGGGGAAGAUUCAUGCAGCCAUUAACCUCACGAGUUCCAAUGAUGGUUAUUGAGGGAAACCAUGAGAUUGAGCCUCAAGUUGCUGGAAUCACUUUUGCAUCCUAUUUGGCAAGGUUUGCAGUUCCAUAUGAGGAAUCUGGCUCAAAAACCAACUUCUACUACUCUUUUGAUGCUGGAGGAGUGCAUUUCAUCAUGUUGGGAGCAUAUGUUGAUUACAAUGCUACAGGUUCACAGUAUGCUUGGCUUAAAGACGAUCUACAUCAAGUGGACCGGUCGGUGACCCCAUGGCUGGUAGCUGCAUGGCAUUCACCUUGGUAUAAUAGCUACUCUUCUCAUUAUCAGGAAUUCGAGUGCAUGAGACAGGAAAUGGAAGCCCUUCUUUAUCAAUAUGGUGUUGAUAUUGUUUUCUCUGGUCAUGUGCAUGCUUAUGAGCGGAUGAAUCGAGUUUAUAACUAUACGUUAGAUCCAUGUGGACCUGUUUAUAUAACAGUUGGAGAUGGUGGCAAUAUUGAGAAAGUUGAUGUUGAUUUCGCUGAUGACCCUGGGAAGUGUCCGUCAGCUGGAGACAACAUACCGGAAUUUGGAGGGGUAUGUCAUCUGAACUUUUCUUCUGGGCCUGCUAAAGGGAAGUUUUGUUGGAACGAACAGCCAGAGUGGAGUGCUUUUAGAGAAAGCAGCUUUGGUCAUGGAACACUUGAGGUUCUAAAUUCUACAUAUGCUCUAUGGACUUGGCACAGGAAUCAAGAUACUUACAAGGAAAAUAGCAAUGGAGAUCAAAUCUACAUUGUUCGACAACCUGAAUUGUGCACUCCAGAUUUAAAUGUGACUUCUCAAUUUUAACAUCGCACCUUUUUAUACCCUGAGAUUUGACAGCAGUUUCUAGCCUCUUCCAGUCUUUCAAACAGAAAGGAAUAAUCCUCUGACGCCUACUUAAAUCAGGCGAACAAUUGCAAAUAAUUUGCCCCUCUCAGAGCAUGAUUGAUCAUAUAUGUGGCCAAAUUGUCAUUGACUCGUUGGAAAUGCACAAUACUACUGGUUUGGCUUUUGCAGUUUUGCAGCUGGUAGUUUUGUUUCAGAAAGAGCAAGAAGACCAUGUUCCUCAAUGCCUUGUUCACUUGUAGUCCAGUAUAAUAGACUUCA